AUGAGUCGAAAUUUAUUAUCAAAUGGUCGACGUCGAGAUGAUCUGGAUGAUUAUUGGUUUGAAAAAAUUCCUAUCGAUACAAAGACUGCUGAAGAAAUUCGUGAACAUACAAUUCCUGAAGAUCUUCCACCAAUUGCAAAAACAAUGGCAAUGCUUGAUUCUCGUUCUGAUAUUCAACGUCUUGCUGGUAUUCGUUCACUUUCAUCUGUAAUUGUAUCUGAUCGUGAUAAAACUCUUCAUCAAAUAUUACCGAAAUUUCAGGCAAUUAUUGAACAAGCACUUGAUAAUGACGAACAUAUCGUUGCAGCGGAAACAAUUACUUCUAUGAUACAACAACAAUUAUUACCUUAUUCCGAAUUUAUGUCAUUAUUUUCUCAAAUGAUUUGUGGAUUUAUAUUUCCAACCACUAUCAAUCGUUUUUCAAUAGAUUUUGGUGCUAUAUGGUGUCAAGCAUUAUGCAAUAUGAUAGAUGCCUUUCCAACUACAACAUCAUUUAUUUCGUUACUUGAUUUAAUCUUCACUCGGAUUUUACAUGGUUCAUAUGUUCGAGAUCGAUUAGCAAUAGUUUUAGCGAAACUAUCAUGUCGAUUGCAAUCAUCAAUUGUUGAAAAUCGCCUAUUACCUGUAUUUAAAAAUUUUAUUAAUGAUACAAAUGCUGAUAUUCGUACACUUGCCUGUCAGAAAUUACCUAUUAUUGCACAAUCAUUAGAGUCUGAUAAAGUCCCAACUAUGAUAUUACCAUUACUUGUGAUAUUAUCUAAAGAUGAAAAUUUAACAGUACGUCAAACAUGUUUUGAAUCAUUACUUGAUCUUCGUACUUAUUUCAAUGAUUCAAAAUUAAUUGAACAAGUCAGUGAAAUUAUUAUUUCUCUUGUGAAAUUUGGUUUAUCAUCAAGAACAUCAAAAUUUAUUUCUAUUAUUGCUUUACGUUUGUCUGAUUUAUGCCAUGCAUUUACUAUUUUCCAUAUCGAUGAAUAUAAAUUUAUCUAUGAAAUGUUUCUACGAUUAAGUCAAGAAAAAACUAUUCCAGAAUGUCGAUUAGCAUCUGCAAAACAUUUUUCGUCAGUUAUUGAUUAUCUUGGUAAUGAUGGAUUUACAAAUGAAUUAGAAGAGAUAUUUUCUCAAUUAUGUAAUGAUAAUGAUACAAAAAUUCGUUCAAUUAUGUUACCAACAAUAACUAAUCUUGCAAAAUUAUAUAAUAAUAAUAAUAAUGAAAAAAAAUAUUUAUUAAUUAUAUGGAAUGGUUUUUUAACUUUAUUAAAUAAUACAAAUCAUGAUGUUAUGUUGGCUAUAGCAGCAAAUUUAUUAAAUAUUAUUAUGGCGUUUUCAAGAGAUAAAACUGAAGGUUUUCUAAAUGGAGCAAUUUGUUCACUAUCAGCAAUUUCUGAUCCGGAAACAUUUGUAACUCAUCUAUUGGAAUAUGAACGACGAAUAUUUGAAAAUACUCUUUCAUGGCGUUCAUAUAUAUUAUGUCUACAAGCAUUUGUUUAUUUACCUAAUUUAUUAUCAAGUGAAUUAAUUCAAACAAAAAUAUUACCACGUGUUUUUUCACGUAUAUUUACUAAACAAGUUUGUGUACGUGAAAUAGCUGUUGAUAGUUAUGUCCAAUUAUUACGAAAAAUUCCACGUCGUACCAUAAGAAAAAAUGCCUUUCAAAAACUUAAAACAGAUCUUUUAUUUAAUAAUUCUUAUCAAUGGCGUAUUAUGUAUAUAAAAGUUUGUCGACAAAUUCUUGUUCAUUAUUCUAAACGAUUUUUUAAAGAAAAUUUUCUUGAUACAAUACUUUCAAUUGGAUAUGAUCCCGUUUUAAGUGUUCGAAUACAAUUCGUUCCAUUACUUAUUGAAAUCAAAUCUAUUCUUCGUUUACCAGCUGAUCAUCAAUCAAUAUCAAAAAUCGAAACAAUGAUGGAAUAUUUUCUUGCAUCAAAAACAAUUACAUUACAUGAUCUUGCAAAUAAUGGUCUCUUACAAUUAGAUCAAAUACGAUCAUAUAACACAUUAACAAUCUUAUCAAAUGAUGAAAAUUAUAAUAAUGAUCAAAUAAAAGAAAAUGAAGAAGAUCUUCUCGAUGAAAUUGAUUCUUCAUCACGUCGUUCAUCAACGAAAUCUACUGAUCAACAUAUUAUAUCCAAACGUUUAACAGAUACAACAAUAUCAACUAAACCAAUAACAUCAUUAAAAAGUCCUCGAUUAUCAAAAAUUUCUUCUGAUGAUAAUUAUCGUAAAACGUCAUUAACAAAACAACGACGACGACAAUCACUUGUUGAUAGUACAUCAUCACGUUUAACACAUCAGACCACAAUAAAGAAAAAUCUUAAAUACGGAACAAGCCGGCGUCACUCGGACACGGACACAAUGAUGCGACAACUUCACCAUACCGAUACGGGACAGGCAACUCGUCAACCGUUACAUUUGGGUUUUACGGAAAAUGAUGUUCCACAAUUAUUUUGUCAAUUGGAUGUUCUUCGUCGAUCCGAAGAAGCGGAAUAUGCCUAUUGGAAAGAGAAAGCACGAUGGGUACGUUUUGAAGAAAUAGCAGAAAAUGUUCUUGGCCGUUGGUCAAAACCACAUGUUGCAACAUUGAUGCAAACAGCUUUAUUAGAUCUAAAAACUUUAUUAGGUUCUGGUGUUAUUCUUCUUAAUGUUAUACCAACGGAUUUAACUGGACUUUCACAACAAAUUGUUCAAUCACUUAUCGAUGCGAAAUAUAUUGAUGAUAAUGCAAUUGCUCAAAAAUUAAGUUGGAUUCUUGGUUUACCACAUUUUCAUCAUCAUGAAAAACGUUCGGUUACAAAAACAGCAAGUUCAAUUAGUUUGUCAAAGCAAGGUCUUCAUCCAAGUCCAAGUUUCGUUAUGAAUACUCUUCUACAACGAAAUGAUGAAUCUGAUAAUACACAGGAUAUGUCUGCACCACGGCUGAUUAAUCGUAAACAAUCAAGCCACGAUAUGGCGCUAACAGAACAUGAAGAAUCAAACAGCCCCGCAACACCACCUUCAGCCAAGGAUUAUAAUACAAAAUUACAAAGAAAAUUAGGUCGUAAAACUGAAGCUGCAUCGAUAUUAGUAUGUCCAGUUGAUUUUGUUAAAGAACCAACACUUGUUUUCGUUCGUCUGGAAAAUGCUAUUGAAUUAUUAGGAAUGCUUGAAAUAAAACUUUAUUCACGUUUUAUUGUUCUUUUAAUUGGACCAGAAGAAAUUGAAAAACAAUUAUUACAAGUUGGACGAACAAUGGCAACAAUAUUAACUGAUGAUAUAUGUAGAGAAUUUGCUUAUACAGCAAAAGAUUCGGAUGAUGUCAUGCAAAUGAUGGAUAGAUUUAUGCAAGAUACAUAUGUUAUUCCACCAUCGGAAUGGGAUCCAUCAAUUCGAAUUGAACCACCAUCAAAAUAUACGAGCAAAGAAGAACGACAAAGUCAAGGGCCGGAAGAAAAAGUCGGAGAAGUUGAGGAGAUUGAUUUAACUCCUCAUGCCGAUCCAAAUUUAAAAGCAUCAAAAACACCGUUUCAUGGUCUUUUCGUUGAUAUACGAAAUAAAUUACCAUUUUAUGUAUCGGAUUUUACUGAUUGUGCAAGUUUACAAUGUAUAGCAGCAACACUUUAUUUAUAUCUUGUAUGUCUUUGUUCAGUUGUUGCUUUUGGUGGUAUGCUUGGAUCAGCAACAGAAAAUUAUAUGGCAACAAUGGAAUGUAUUCUCGCAGCUUCGAUAAGUGGUGUUCUAUAUGCAUUAUUUUCUGGUCAACCGUUAAAUAUUCUUUCGGCAACUGGUCCUAUGUUAAUUCUAGAACGUAUUAUAGAACAUCUUUGCAGAGAUUAUAAAGUAAAUUUUCUACAAUUUCGUGUAUGGAUUGGUGUGUGGAUAUUUGUCUUAUUGAUUAUAUUUGUUACAUUUAAUUUAAGUUUUCUUGUUAAAUUUAUAACACGUUUUACCGAAGAUUGUUUUGCAUCAUUAGUUGCAUUAAUAUUUAUCUAUGAUGCUAUACGUGAAAUUUUAGCUCUUCGUACGAAAUAUCCAAUUAAUUAUCAACGAAAUGCAAUAUUAGAUUAUACAUGUUCAUGUAUAUUUAAUACUACUUUGCAUAAAAAAACAUGGAUGAAUACUACAAAUCUUAAUGGUUAUCUAUUGAAUGCAACACAUUUAAACCAAACAUCUCAACUUGCAUGUACAAAAGCAGGUGGUUCUGUUAUUGGCUCAGGUUGUUCAACGCCGGUUUAUCACGCUGAUAUAUUUUUCUUUUCUUUACUUUUAUUUAUUUUUACAUUUCUUAUUUGUAUGGCUUUACAAGAAUUUCGUCAUAGUCAAUUUUUUCCAACAAAAGUUCGAACGAUUCUUGGUGAUUUUUCUGUUUUAAUUGCUAUUGUACUUAUGUCGGCGUGGAAUGCAUAUUUAAAUUUGAAUACACCGAAAUUACAAGUACCAACAGAAUUUAAACCAACACGACCAAAUGAUCGUGGUUGGAUAAUACCGUUUUUUGGUGAAAAUCCUCUUUGGACGAUACCAGUAGCUAUUAUUCCAGCUUUAAUAGCAACUAUACUUAUAUUUAUGGAUCAACAAAUAACAGCUGUAAUUAUUAAUCGAAAAGAAUUUAAAUUAAAAAAAAAACUUGGUUAUCAUCUUGAUUUAUUUGUUUUAUCAAUUACAAUUUUAAUACAAUCAUUACUUGGUUUACCUUGGUUUGUUGCAGCUACUGUUUUAGCAUUGACACAUGUUAAUGCAUUGAAAAUUAUGAGUGAAAAUACAGCACCAGGAGAAAAACCAAGAUUCGAAGGAAUUCUCGAACAACGUGUUAGUUCACUUUUAAUGGCAAUUUUAACUGGAUGUAGUGUAUUCUUUACUCAUAUCUUAGGGUUCAUUCCAAUGCCUGUUCUUUAUGGUGUUUUCAUGUUCAUGGGUGUUUCGGCUUUACGUAAUAUGCAAAUUUUUGAUCGUAUUUUAUUAUUUUUUAUGCCACAAAAACAUCAACCCGAUCAUCCAUAUUUACGUCAUGUACGUAUAACACGUGUUCAUUUAUUUACAAGUAUACAAAUAAUUGCACUUGCUGGUAUGUUUGCAAUAAAAAGUAUCAAAUCAAUUGCAAUCGGUUUUCCAUUAUUGGUACUUGCAACGUGUUUCGUGCGUAAACUCAUGGAUAAAAUAUUUACACAAGAAGAACUCUUUUGGCUUGAUGAUAUAUUACCUGGUACGAAGAUAGGUCGUAUUCGUCGUGCAUCUGCUGCUCGAAAUGUUACGAUGCCAAAAGCAAUUGAUAAUUAUAAUAAUGGUGAAACAAUAACACCACCAAUUGAUAGAAUUAAUAUCGAUCCGUAUCGAGCUAUAUCUCGAACUAAUUUACGAAAUAUUGAAGAGGUUGUAAAAGAUGAAUCAAAAAAACAAGAUUAUGGAGAUGAAUAUUUUCUACCAACUAGUGAUUCUGAUCAAUCACGCGCACCAUUGAUUGUUGUCACAGAAGCAUUACCAUCCGACGAAACAGCUCAAGUUACAACUGAAGAAGCUCAACAUUUAAUAAAUCGUCAUUCAUCUGAACAUAAUGAUGAUGUUAAUGGUAAUGUUAGAUAUAAAACUGGUCCAACAUCUGUAUAA